UGGUAGUAGGAAGUGGGUGGUAAGAGCUAAGGAUGGAGCGAAGCCUGUGUAGCGACCACAGAUCAUGUUUCGCGAAAAAAAUCAAUGUUACACCAGAGAAGAACAGAGUGAACCCAUCGUGUACCUGUGAGAACACGGGAAACGGACAAAUCUGUUUACAGGAGGACGAAAACGUAAAGUGAUCAACCUGCUUUCAGUGCCGAUGUGUGUGUGUGCGUGUCUUUGAACAGAGGGACAUCUCGCUACAGAUUUUCAUUGAUCUCGUCGUUGUCAAUGCAGCGAAGCUCUGAGUGGAUGUGACAUAUAAUAAGAUUUGUAGUUGUGCAAUAAUGUGCAAUAGGCCUGCAACGAACUCCGUGUACAUGUCCCUUCUCAGCACAUAGACUGUGCUUGUGGUUUGGCUGCCUGUGGACUCCUCUAACACGUAGCGGAUUUCUGCAGAUUUGUAGACCGACAGAGGAUCGUUGUGAUAGAGGCAUUUUAAAAGGAUGAAACUAGUGGAAUGGAUUGCUGUUGGUUGAUCCUGGUGCAAUGGGCUAUCUAGUUUUAAAAGCUUGUUUGUUUUUUAACUGAAAUGCGCACUAGCUGUUUUGGAGGGGGUGAAAGAUGUGUGCCAACUUGUUUGGUUUAUUUAAUAUGUGUGAUAAGCUCCGGUCUGACACAGGCUGUUUGGGGGGUUUCUUCUCUGUCUCUCAGCUGGACUUGAGUUCGUGCAGUGCACGCUGAUCCCACUGUGCAGCCUCUGGCUGAUUCAGCAGUUCCCACCACAGAGCAGCCUAGUCAGUAGUCUCGGUCAGCAAGGGAUGUGGGCUGGGGUCGAGCACAGGAACGGUAUAUAUAUAUAUACUAUAUAUAUAUACUUUGGUAGAGAUAGGCUAAUUGAUAGUAUAUUUUGUGGUUGUAACGCGACACAGUUUCUGGUAUAAUUUACCAAAUUGAAUAUAAUAGCACCAAUUAGUUAAUUAGCAGAUGUUACCUGCUUCUCGCUGGUAAAUUUUUGUCCAAAACAGCCAACACUCUGCCAAGCAUUUCGAUUAAGUAGUAAAUUGACUCUCGCUAAAAGCCACGCGAGAGUGGGGCUUUUUCUCGCCGCCGUCACCAGUAGCCCACGAGACACUCUGACAGGUGUGAAGUCUUACACCCGCCAUGGAUGAUUCUGGGAUCAUCCGAAGACGGAGGCUGCAGAAGGAUCUACCUCUGCCACGGAAAAGUAACAGUUGCAGAACCAGUAACCGGAAAAGCCUCAUCCUGACCAGUACGUCACCCACCCUGCCACGGCCGCACUCUCCACUGCCUGGACACAUAGGAAGCAGUCCGUUGGACAGCCCGCGCAACUUCUCACCAAGUGGACCGGCCCACUUUUCCUUUGCUUCCUCUCGCAGGGCUGAUGGUCGUAGAUGGUCCUUGGCUUCACUGCCUUCCUCAGGAUAUGGCACCAAUACACCCAGUUCAACAUCAUCCAGCUCAUCCCAGGAGCGUCUGCAUCAGCUGCCCUUCCAGCCAACCAUGGAUGAGUUGCACUUCCUGUCCAAGCACUUUGGCAGCACCGAGAGCAUCACGGACGAUGAUGGGGGCCGACGCUCACCGCACGCCCGCCCUCGCUCACGAAGCCUCAGCCCAGGGCGCUCUCCAUCCUGCUACGACAAUGAAAUAGUGAUGAUGAACCAUGUCUACAAGGAACGCUUCCCCAAGGCCACAGCUCAGAUGGAGGAGAGACUGGCAGAGUUCAUCCACAACUACUGCCCAGAGAGCGUCCGGCCACUGGCCGAUGGGGUCCUUAGCUUCAUCCACCACCAGGUAGCUGAGCUGUCCAGAGACUGCCUGACCAAAUCACGUGAGGGUCUCAUCACCAGUGUCUACUUCUGUGAACUGCAGGAGAACCUGGAGAAGCUGCUUCAUGACGCUUAUGAACGCUCAGAGAGUUCGGAGCUCACCUUUGUCAUUGAGCUGGUCAAAAAGCUCUUCAUCAUCAUAUCUCGUCCAGCCAGGCUCCUUGAGUGUUUGGAGUUCAACCCUGAAGAGUUUUACCAUCUGCUGGAGGCAGCGGAGGACCAUGCCAAGGAGGGACAACUGAUGAAGGCAGACAUCCCCCGAUACAUCAUUAGCCAGUUGGGGCUGACCAGAGACCCACUGGAGGAAAUCGUGAGCCUUGACAGCUACGACAGUGAGGGUCCUCAUACUCCAGAGACUGAUGACUCAGCAGAGGGAAAAGGGAGAGCCAUUAAGCCACCGAGUGAAGAAGAUUUUCAGAGCAUCAAACUGAUCAGCAAUGGAGCAUAUGGUGCCGUCUACCUGGUGCGCCACAGAGAAACACGUCAGCGUUUUGCCAUGAAGAAGAUCAACAAGCAGAAUCUGAUCCUUAGGAACCAGAUCCAGCAGGCGUUUGUAGAGAGAGACAUCCUCACCUUUGCAGAGAACCCGUUCGUCGUCUCCAUGUUCUGCUCCUUUGAAACUAGGAGGCAUCUGUGCAUGGUCAUGGAAUAUGUUGAGGGUGGCGACUGUGCCACUUUGUUGAAAAACAUCGGGGCUUUGCCUGUGGAGCUGACAAGGAUGUACUUUGCUGAGACAGUUUUAGCCCUGGAAUACCUGCACAACUAUGGCAUUGUCCAUAGAGACCUUAAACCUGACAAUCUACUCAUCACCUCCAUGGGACACAUUAAGCUUACAGACUUUGGCUUGUCGAAGAUGGGUCUAAUGAGCCUCACCACCAAUCUGUAUGAGGGACACAUUGAAAAAGAUGCCAGAGAAUUCCUGGAUAAGCAGGUGUGUGGUACUCCAGAGUACAUCGCUCCAGAGGUGAUUCUCCGUCAGGGCUAUGGAAAGCCAGUAGAUUGGUGGGCCAUGGGCAUCAUCCUCUAUGAAUUCCUGGUAGGCUGUGUGCCUUUCUUUGGAGACACUCCGGAGGAGCUGUUUGGACAGGUCAUCACAGACAAUAUAGUUUGGCCAAAUGGUGAUGAAGCUUUGCCUGCAGAUUCCCAGGACCUUAUCUCUGCCCUGCUACAGACCAACCCUCUUGUGAGGUUGGGUACAGGCGGAGCGUUUGAGGUGAAGCAACACUCGUUCUUUACAGAGCUGGACUGGAACAGUUUGCUAAGACAGAAGGCAGAGUUCAUCCCUCACCUGGAGUCAGAAGAGGACACCAGCUACUUUGAUACCCGCUCGGAUCGGUAUCAUCACAUAAAUACGUACGACGAGGAUGACACCAAUGACGAUGAGCCUGUAGAGAUCAGACAGUUCUCUUCCUGUUCUCCUCGCUUCAGCAAGGUGUACAGCAGUAUGGAGCAUCUGUCUCAGCUGGAGCAGAAAGCCACGACCUCUGUAUCCCGUCGGGAGCACAAGGGCCCACGGGAGGACAAGGUGACCAAGAGAGAGAGCCUAGGCAGCUUCAGCAUGAGAGACAAGAGCUGGAGGACCGGAUCCCCCGAAAUGAAGCGCCUGUCUUGUUCAGAAUCCCUCUGCAUGGACGGGGAUGGUAGCCCUCCUCUUGGUGCUCGCCGGCGCUUCUCAGCACUGAUGGAUACACAUCGUUUUGCCUCACCCCUAGACGGUGAGCCAGACUUCCUGUCUCGCCAGGUGCCCAUCAAGGUCCGUGGAACCUCACUGGAUGGAUCUAGUGUCCCCUCGCCGAGCUUCCUGGAGCAGAGAAACAGUCUGAAGGAGAUCAGCGGAGCAGACAAAUCCCCUAGACAUGGAGAGACACCACCAGGAUUAACCACGACCAUUGCCACAUUGUCCCAAGGUCCUGCAGCAGUCAGUCGUGAUGUGAUAACUCCUUUGUAUGACCCUCUGGGGUCCCGGGCCACCAAUGACCUGGUUCUCCGCAGGGCGCGGCAUCAGCAUUUGUCUGGGGACGGAGAGAAACGCAACUCCAGACCUGGAAACAAGGUCAUCAAGUCAGCCUCUGCCACGGCCCUGUCUGUCAUCAUACCAUCAGUUGAGCAGCAUGGCGGCUUCUCUCCGCUGGCCAGCCCCAUGUCUCCCCACUCUUUCUCCUCCAACCCCUCGUCACGUGACUCUUCACCAAGCAGAGACUUCUGCCCAGCAGUCAGCGUGCUGCGCUCUCCCAUCACCAUCCAUCGCUCUGGAAAGAAGUACGGUUUUACUCUCAGGGCCAUCAGGGUCUACAUCGGAGACAGUGAUGUCUACAGUGUCCAUCACAUUGUUUGGCAUGUAGAGGACAGCGGCCCCGCCCAGGAAGCUGGCCUCUGUGCCGGUGACCUCAUUACUCACGUCAACGGGGAGUCUGUCCACGGUCUGGUCCACACUGAAGUGGUAGAGCUUAUCCUCAAGAGUGGAAACAAGGUGACGGUGACAACCACGCCUUUUGAGAACACCUCCAUUAAAGUGGGUCCUGCCCGCAAGGCCGGCUACAAGUGUAAGAUGGCCCGUCGAUACAAGAGGACCAUGGGCAAGGACAGCCAGGACAGUAAGAAGCGGAACUCCUUGUUCCGUAAGAUCACAAAACAAUCCAAUCUGCUGCACACCAGCCGCAGCCUUUCCUCAUUGAAUCGCUCUCUGUCCUCCAGUGAGAGUCUUCCUGGCUCCCCGACUAACAGCUUGUCUGCCAGGUCCCCAACUAAGGGCUACCGCUCCACCCCUGAGCCCUCAUACCUGGGUGCUUCCUCCCAGAGCAGCUCUCCAGCCUCUAGCACUCCAAACUCACCCGCUCCCGCUCAGCACAUGAGGCCCAGCUCCCUGCACGGCCUCUCUCCUAAACUCCACCGCCAGUAUCGCUCUGCUCGUUGUAAGUCUGCAGGUAACAUCCCCCUGUCCCCGCUCGCCCACACACCCUCCCCUACCCAGUCUUCGCCUCCACCACUGCCUGGCCACACCGUGGGGAGUUCCAACACCACCCAGUCCUUUCCUGUAAAGCUCCACUCCUCGCCGCCAGUGGUCCGCCCCAGGCCAAAGAGUGCUGAACCCCCGCGAUCGCCUCUCCUCAAAAGGGUGCAGUCAGCAGAGAAGCUAGGCUCACCUCUGACCCAGUCCAGUUCUACAGGAGGGCUGGGGGGUCCGCUGAGGAAGCACAGCUUGGAGGUGCAGCAUUCUGAGUACCGUAAGGAUGCCUUCCUCUGUGAGCUCGGGCUCCAGAGCCUGCUGGAGACAGAAGGGGAAAAUUUGCCCCCUAAUCCUCCACCCCUGCCCUCAUCCUCUACAAACCCAGGAGCCGGUGUCCUGAAACCUAUGAGGAGACUAGGGAGGCAGGAGUCACCGCUUAGCAGGGAAACACUGCUGGCUGGGAGGGAGAGGGAAGAAAGGGAGAGAGCAAGGGAAAGGGAGAAAGAGAGGGAGACUGAAACUGGGGCAGUCCUGGAGAGAUUGAGUCGGGUUGGAGCAACAGUAUCCCAGUCAUCCUUAACAAGAAAACCUCAUACAAGUGAGCUGCCCUUUAGUUCACAGGCUGGCCAUAGCUCUAGACUAAGUGCAGAAACCACUAAAACUACAACUUCUAGUACACUUCCCAAAACAAGAGGAAGUCUAGGUGGUCUAAAGGGACUUGAAAAGAUUCCCCAGAGUCUGGCAGACAUAAAUUCUAAACCACAAGACCUCAAGGCAGCCAAAAGUGUGUUAUCCAGUAGUAGAGAUCCCCAGGAGCAGCUAUGGGGCACAACUGAACCAAAGCAAGAAGGUGAUAACAAGGGUAGGCCUGGUUUACCUGGUGCUGCCUUCACCAAGAGCUCUGCUUCCACUCCAGAUAAAUCCAUCGGCAUCAACACAACAGUAAAAGCAGGUCCUCUCAGCAUGAACAAAACCUUCAAACCAUCAGGUAUGGGGGACAGCCUGAGAAAGGCUGGUUCAGAGGGCAGUGACUCAAGGACUCCAGACUUCGGCUCUAAAAGCCCCAAACUCCCAGCUCGCAUUCUUGCUCCCGUCAUUCCCCCUCAUGGGCAGCCGCUCUCGCUGGGCAAGGUGAGGCAAGGACUUGGGCCUGUGAACUGCUACCGGGGAACCCUUGACUGGGAGGAUAAAUGUCGCCUGGAGGUGGUGGAGGAGCAUUCACCUUCCCCUUCUCCCUCCCCGACUUCUGCCAUUCCCUCCCUCUGCGGACCUUCCCUCUGUAAGUCACGGCCUGUCUCCCCUGGUGACAAGACAAGUUUUGUCAGCCAGCUGACCACUGUGGCCAAAAACGUCCUUGGGCCAAUCAAGCUUGGCUCUCAGGAGGGGUCCAAGAGCAAGGACCAGCAGACUAAGGCAGUGGAGGAGAGACAGGGAGGCACAGCAGCAAAGUCUGACCUUCCUGCUGGAGGUCGAGUGAUUGUUGGGGCUGCAGGGGUGACCCAGAGUCAUGCUGCUUCACCGCUAGAGAGGGCUGCAACAGGUAGCAACCAGUCAAAAAUGUGACCCAAUGAGGUUCCUAAAUGGGACUUUAGUAAAAAAAUAAUAAUAAAAAAAGAUGCCUUUUUGGAAGAAUAAUGCGACAGAAGUCAAGCACUUAAAAACAAUGUACAUUCCAGUUUCAGAGUAUAUCAAAUUUUUAUUUAUUGAUUCCAAUCAUUUACUGAUUCUAACUUAAAACCAGAAGUGAAAUAAUCAACUGUAAAGUUGCAUUAUCUAUGGAUUUUCUAUUAUAAGGUAUUUAAUAAGAAGACUCUUAAUGUAAUGUGGAACACUUCAUCGUAUGUAUAUGUGUGUGGGUCUAUGUGAACGCAUGUUAUAUGGUAUUUACUGUACAUGUAUUAUAGGUACAAGAAGGUCAAAAGUGCUUUACGGAUCAAAACGUGCUGAAAACUGUGAAUACCAAAUCCAAUCUCUCUGUUUUGUCUUUCAACCAGUCCUUUGUUGUUUUACUGCUUAUCCAACAAGACAGUGAUAAAUUUAGUCACAGUCAAAUUGUAAUAUUUGCAUCAAACAACAACUAAUGCAGCCUCAGUUUGGCUAGAGCGGGUAAGCAAGCAACAAGAUGAUUAAGCUAAUUUCUUCUUCAUCCAGCAGUUUACUGAGUUGCUGUGCACGGUCAGACAAAGCCAAAGCAGGCACUCUGUCAGUGGAUGUCAUGUCAAGCACUGUCUAGUUCUGUUUGUCACAGCACAGGGGAUUGUGUGUGUGUGUGUGUGUGUCUGUGUGUGUGUGUGUUUGUGUGUAAAGCCACCUUGGGUCUAUUUCUGGUGGUUCUCGAAGGCUGUGUCCAGGAGGAAAGCGUGUGACAGGGCUCAGCGCUUAUCUCCCCUUUGCAGGAGGGCUACCACAGCUCUUUUCUCCCUCUGCCUCCAACUGCAGCCGACACACAUGCACACACUCACAUUGCCACAGAAGACUGCAUUGUCAGCAGCUGAUUUUCCUGCAUUUAAAUUCAUACUACCAUGGUCUAUAAUUUGGACGUGAGUGUGUUUGCAAGUGAGUGAGUUAAGAAGUUUGGGAGAGUGGGAGAAUGUGCAUGUCUUUUCAAGGGGUAAUUACACUCAGCACGGUUGACUCAGCAAAGGUUGUGACAGAAACCAAACUGGAAAUAAACAGGCAGAAGUUAGGAUCCAGCAACAGUUACAGACUUUGCUAUCCCCUCUGCUCCUUUAUUAACAAAUCACGCUGGCUCAUUGAGGAUACAUUUGUUGAUAUAGUAUGUACAAAAGAAUUGUUAAGCACAUGUACAGUGAAUCCAUGUGUUGUUUUGUGGCAAAACAUGAAAAGCAGGCAGUCUUGGAUGUAGCAUACCAUAAUGUGUUUGUCAAAGGGCUCUAUAUCUAAGGUUGGGUUUGUGGUGGGGACAUGGUACAGUAUAUCACAAUGAACCUGUUGCUGUACAAAACAAGGUUAUCUGCAGUAUAAUCAGAAUGACUGUGUUAUGUUGUUAGAUACUAAAAGCUAGGUAGUCAAGAUUGAUUAAUGUAAAGCUCACAUGUUGCUAUGUGACAUACUGAUAGAGGUGUUUGAAUCAAUCUCAGCAAGAGUGCUUAGAAGGACAAAAUGUUCACAGGAAAAACAACUAGUGCUAUUCUUCCACUGGUCAUAUUCAUCUCCUUAGUAGUUCAUUCUCAGUAACUAUCCAGUGUACAUAAUCUUAUGCAAAUCAUGUACAGCUGUGUGUGAGAACUGCUUUCACUAUACUACUACUAGCUGAUUUACAAAAGAAAGUUCAGGAGUUAAACUAUUCAAUCCAUCUUUGAUUUGAUGUAACACUUUCUUAAAUGAUCUUAAUUCCUCUAAACUCUACAAAUGUAAACUGAUUCAACCAACAACAGCAACAUCGCAAAGAGGCAGAAGUUCAAAGACAGAAAUGUAUUUUCUAGUCCAAAAGGGUCUAAAAAGUCAGUUGGGGCAGGUGGGCAGGCUGGCAACAUUUUUUGGUUUUUAUCUGUCUAUGCAGAGCUACAAAUGGGGGAAGCUGGUUUUUGUGGUAUUGGCAGAUCUUUUUCAGUAAUAUCAAAAAAAUGUCUUUAUGCAUCUUUAAUGCAAUAUAUAUAUAUUUAAAUAUAUUUAAAGGGAUACUGUUAGCAAUCAUUCCUUAAAUAUAACAAUGUUUGAAGGUAUAAUAAUGAUGUCACACCCCCCAUUAGAAAGUCCCACCUACUACACGCAUCAGCCAGUUUUUUUAUUCAGCAUUGUACUCUACUGUCCUCCAGUGGUUCAAAACAUCCACUGUUGAAGUGGUUUCUAUAAAGUGUUCAUUAUUAAUCCUCUGGAAUGAGCAUUUAUGUAAUUAAGCCAAGACCACUAAAACACUGCAGAAUGGAUGUUGUUAGCCAUAGGGUUACUGAGUAUGCAUUUAUGUUUCUGAUGACAAAAUGUUUGCAGUAGUUGUCAAAUGAACACUUGAAACAUGACUUUAUUCCUUUCUGUUGUUGUGUUCUUCACGUGACUGUUAAUUAUAUCUUCUGGAAUAGGGAUUAACAUUUUUAAUAUAAUAUACUGUCUUAUAUAUUCUACUGAUAGGAUGGAGUUCUUUUAUAUCUUGAUGUAAUAAAUGAGUUAUCAGGUCAGAUCUGAGCACCUGAUUAACAAAACUAACUGUAAUGUAAUCUUAAACAGCUAUUAUGCCCACUUUCAGGCCUUUUCCCAAUCGGUGGUGUCUAUACUAGUGUUACAUGUUGAAGAAUUUCAAUUUUCUGUAUGUGAUUGACAGAGAGAGUAGAAUAAAUGCACUUUAUUUGAAAACAAAAUCUUAAUUUGCUGGUAUUGUUACUUUGAAGAAAAUAUACUGUAUACAAAUAUGGAUUUUUCCAAUGAACAAGAAUUCCAAGUAUAAAAACAUUCCACAUUUCUCUUUUCACUGAAAGAGUAUUUAUUUGUACCAUGGGGCAUUUUAGUUUGUGAUAGAUGUGAUUCAAAUGCAGACACCUGAAGUGCAGUAUGUGGAAUAAAAUUCUGAGAUUUGUUCCAAAA